AUGUUUGCAAAAGUCAGAGCUCUUCACAGAGGAAGUAACCAUGAUGUCGUUUUCUCCAUCUCUGCAAGGAAAGCGGUGGCAGAACUCGAGCUCCCCACCCACCGGCGGAUGACGGCGGCGCGGGAGAAGGGUCGUCGACCGGCGAUGCGCGGGCCGGCCUUCAUGUUCAACGACCGCACCACCAGCAUGACCGCCGAGGAAGAGCGCUUUCUGGACGCCGCAGAGUACGGCAACAUCCCUGUGGUCCGCAAGAUGCUGGAGGACUCCACCACGCUCAAUGUCAACUGCGUGGACUACAUGGGCCAGAACGCAUUGCAGCUGGCGGUGGGCAACGAGCACCUGGAGGUGACGGAACUGCUCCUGCGGAGGGAUAACCUGGCGCGCAUCGGUGACGCCCUACUCCUGGCUAUCUCGAAAGGCUACGUCAGGAUCGUGGAAGCCAUCUUGGCCCAUCCGUCCUUCCAGGCCAGCGAGCGGCUGACACGGAGUCCGUGCGAGCUGCAGGACGAUGACUUCUACUCGUACGAUGAAGACGGCACGCGCUUCUCGCCCGACAUCACCCCCAUCAUUCUGUCUGCGCACUGCCAGAAGUACGAGGUGGUGCACAUGCUGCUGCUGAAGGGCGCGCGCAUCGAGCGGCCGCACGACUACUUCUGCAAGUGCGCAGAAUGUGCCGAGAAACAGGGCAAAGACUCUUUCAGCCACUCGCGCUCGCGCAUCAAUGCCUACCGGGGCCUGGCUAGCCCGGCUUACCUGUCGCUGUCUAGCGAGGACCCGGUGCUCACCGCACUGGAGCUCAGCAACGAACUGACCAAGUUGGCCAACAUCGAGAAGGAGUUCAAGGUAGGACACUUAUGAGCUACUCCACUCAGGGUUGCAAACUUUCUGAAAUGUUCCCAAAUGCGUAGGUUUUUCAGAAAUCUAUUUCUAAGAACUUCUCUGAAUUCUUAGGUUUUACAGAAAUCCUAGGAAUUUGGGGAAAUUUCACAGAAUUUUGCAAACCUUCUCCUACUCUGAAGCUAAUGCUCACUCACUGUUGGUUUGUUCUGCAUUUAGUUUGAAGGCGUGACCAUGUUUGAUCAUUUUGAAUGCUUUGGAAUUCUGACAUGGCAUAGUACUAACUAAAUUGAUGAUUGUUAUCAGGCAAAGUCAUGUACAAUAGCAAUGUGUUGAUUCUGCUUAAUUAACAAUUUCAGCCUCAUGUUUUCAUUUAAAACCAAUGUUGUGUCAUGUAAUGAAUGAAUCUUCAACCUGUAUUUGUGUUAUGCUGCUGUCCCCACCAGGAUAAAAAGAGCCAUAAAAAAGAAACCACGCAGCACAAUUGCUUCUCCCUGGUAAAUAUGUUUAACUACAUAAAUUCAUUUACGUUGAUUAAAAAAGUGCCUAACCUCACACUGGCUAAUUACUUGUUGUUACUUCAAGGGUAGUCUGUCUUUUAAGUUGCUGUUUAGACACAGCCUGCAGAUAAACUUUGUGACAGAGAUGUGAAUUCCCAGAGCUGUUAAUGGGAGAGAGGGAAACCAGUGGUGUUUCAAAAAACAUACCUGCCCUCUCCUUUAAGAAUUACUGCUUAGAUUUUUUAAUUAUUUAUUUCAUUUGUAUUGAUUGUAAAAAUGAGUUCACUGAACCAUAUUGCCACAAAAGCUUGUUAUUAAGUUACCCACAUUUACUAGAGCGUUUCAUGCUGUUAAACCAUUUUGAGCUUGGUAUGAUGCAACAAGCUACACUGAAUGUGUUUUUAAAUGAACAUUUUAGGAGAGGACGCUUGUUUGAUCCUGUCUCGUAAAUAAAAACUUUUUCAGGUUUGUCUGAUACAACACUGAACACAGAAGAAACCAAAAAAGCUAUUUCCGUAGAGAACACAUUAAAUUGCUCUCAAUAUGGGCCCUCAUACAGGGCUUAUUAUGUUUUGUCCUGAUACCUGUUUUCUUCAAUCUAUUCUCUGAGUUGUCCUUUUGCAUCCCUCUGUGAGAGAUGCAGUGAGAUGAUGGAAGUAUAUCGGGACAUGUUCUAGUGAAUCAAAGGCAGUAAAUUUUUCACUGCCUCUUACCACAUGGUGCAAUGCUUCACUUGAGAGUUUGGACACAAUGUUCAGUUAUGAGUAACUGAAAAUGUAGGGUUUGGGCUUGUCAAACACAGUAUUUAAAAGUGUCUUUGAACAGAUGGUUUAUGACAAUCCAUCACAAUUAGAAAGAAUGAAGCACUAGACAUGAACAAAGUGGCAGAUGCAUGCUGAGCAACGUUGUUCCUUGGAAAUUAAAUCCAGACUAAAUACUCUCAGUAUAAGGACAAACAAUCACAUUUAAAAGCAAAAGACAAGACUUUAGCUCAAUGCAUCUUUAAUUGUGUUCUUAGAGCAAGGUUUAAACAACAAUGUGAUUGAUUUUAUUUCACUCCAAGCUAAAUUUGUUCUAUAUUAUUUCCAUUUCAAUAAUGAAUGUACUUUGCUAAACUUAAGUAAAAGUGGUGAUUCUGGAGUUAUUCAAUAUAUACUGUAAGUAUGACCAUAGGUAAAAUGGACAGGCUACAGCUUUUCAGUGUGCUAUAAGGACAACGUCAGCUGUACCAAAAGCAUUCAAGACUACUGUUUCUUCAUGCGACUGCAUGCAUUUGAAAUGUGUUGUCAAUACUUAUUACUGUUUAUGUAUAAUUUGUGUAAACAUUAUACAAGUUGUGUCCCCUCAUUAGCAAGACUGCUUCUUCUUGAUAUUAGAAUUAUACCAAUUCAACAUGCAUGGCUUCUUCCUCCCUUGUAGCUUGAGUAUAUAUUACAUUUAUGUUGGAUUGCUUUCCAACAAGUAGAGUGAUCUAAACUAGGGAUGGUUGACCAGAAGUUCAAUUAACAGCUUAAAUAUGAUACCAAGUAAUACUGAGGUCAGUAUCGUGAAUAUCGACUGUAUACUUACUGUAAAUUUGGAGAAAAUUAUAUUAAAUACUUUUAUAAUACUGUGCUGAAUACAGUCAAUCUUGUCACCUGGCAAGUACAGUCAUUUUAUCAAAACACUGAGAUGCCUUUUCACAAAGGACUAUAGUAUUAGAGGGCCCACAGGUUUGUUGGAGUUAAUGUAUGCCUUUUUGAGGAAUGCUGAAAUUACCAACAUAACUGCAUCCACAGGAAUAAAAUUGCAGAUGCGCUCAGAUAACAAUUACAUUACCUUACCUCCCCCUACAGUGACAGUAAUCCUGUGAAAAUAGGGCUUGGGUUAAAAUACAUUUCACAUUGUAGGAUUAACACCACAUUUAUAUGAACAUUUUAGUUUUGGGGGAUUCAUUUCCAAGCUAUUGUAAUCUUUAUUAUUAUCCUGCCCAGUAUUAAGAUGUAAAUGUAUUUCAGAUUUUCCUACUUAAGUAAUAAUACAAUUGUAUGUAAUGUGGAUAUACAACACCGCUCUUGAGUUCAGCUGAUGUCGAGGUCAUUACACACAGAUAUCCCCAUUGGGUCAUCACUAUUGAACCCAUCACUUACUCAGAAAUGCUAAAAGUGUUUUCAGAACAAAAUACGUUGUUUUUUCACUAAUACUAUAUAUAUUUUAUAACAGAAUGUUUGCUGAAGAAAUAUCACUAAGUUUAUAUUCUGUUCGUGUCACGUUACCUUUGUAAAUGAGAUUUACGCCGACGAGCUUGCCCUUCCCUGUCUACGGUAGCUGACUUGACACUAACCUGUGUUUUCUCUCUCUCUGUCCAGAAUGACUAUCGCAAGCUGUCUAUGCAGUGUAAGGACUUUGUAGUGGGAGUGCUGGACCUCUGUCGGGACACAGAGGAAGUGGAAGCCAUUUUGAAUGGAGAUGUUACUGCCGAGAAGGAGGCGGGACAGGGCCUUCGCUCUCUCCUGAGCAGGGUCAAACUGGCCAUCAAGUACGAGGUGAAAAAGGUUAGUAGCUAA